UGGUCCACAUACUUGAAAUCUUGUAAAAAGCUUUAAUCAGCAGCCAUGGCGGAUGCAGCUGCCAGAUCCCUGCAGUACGAAUACAAAGCUAACUCCAACCUUGUGCUGCAAGUGGACAGGUCUUUGAUUGAUAGACGAGCUCGUGAUGAAGCAACAGGAGAGGUUAUGUCCCUUGUUGGGAAGAUUACAGGAACAAGAAUGGGAGACAAGGCACAAAAGUCUAAGCCACCUCUUAUGGAGGAAAGAAAAAACAAGCGUCGGAAGCGAGACGAAGCACAGCGAGACAUGAUCAAGAUGAAAGGGACUACCUUGCUGUCCGAAGGUAUUGAUGAAAUGGUUGGAAUUCUUUACCGCCCCAAGACAACAGAAACACGACAGACUUACGAAGUUUUGCUCAGUUUCAUCCAGGCUGCUAUUGGAGAUCAGCCCCGGGACGUGCUGUGUGGAGCUGCAGACGAGGUGCUGGCCGUCCUAAAGAACGACCGAAUGAAAGACAAGGAGCGUAAAAGAGAGGUUGACAAUCUUCUUGGUGGUAUUGCUGAUGAGCGGUUUGCUCUGCUCGUCAAUCUGGGAAAGAAAAUCACUGACUGGGGAAAAGAGGAAAAGAUGCAGACAUCUGAAAAUAUUGAUGAAACAUAUGGAGUUAAUGUACAGUUUGAAGAAUCGGAGGACGAGGAUACUGGUGAUGUUUAUGGUGAGGUCCAGGAGGGUGACGACGAUGACGAAAACGAAGGUGAAGAAGCUGAGUAUGAUGGAAGACUGCACGCCACAGGGAUUUCUGAAGACAAAGGAAGCAAAGCUGAUGGAGGACUUCAUCCUCGUGACAUUGACGCCUUCUGGAUCCAAAGAAAACUGAGCAAGCACUACCCUGAUGAUCCCAAUAUGGCACAGACGAAGGCCAAAGAAGUCGUGGAAAUUUUAAAGAGUUCUGGUGAUGACCGUGAAUGUGAGACGCAGCUAGUUCUUUUGCUUGGUGUUAAUCAGUUUGAUUUCAUUCGAAUACUGCGACAACACAGACAAAUGAUUCUCUACUGUACGCUGUUGGCAUCAGCUCAGAGUGAUAACGAGAAAGGGAAGAUUGAAGAUAGGAUGCAGCAGGAUCCGGAACUUAACCGCAUUCUCCUGGCUUUACAGACCACAGACCGCGAUGACAUAGUCAGCGAGGAACGGGCACGCCGUCAACAGGCAAGACAGAGCCGAGUUGCCGCCGAUAUUGAGGCCAUGGACUUCGAAGAAUAUCAAGAUGUUGGUGCAGCAGAACAGCUGAAUCUUGCAGAUCUGGUCUUCAGUCAGGGCAGCCAUCUUAUGGCCAACAAGCGGUGUCAGCUGCCUGACGGGUCAUACAGAAAACAGAGGAAGGGAUAUGAAGAAGUUCAUGUGCCAGCUUUGAAACCCAAACCGUUCGACACUGAUGAGUCACUGGUUCCAAUAGAUCGACUCCCAAAAUAUGCACAACCAGCUUUUGAUGGCUUCAAGAGUUUAAACCGAAUACAGAGUCGUCUUUGCAAGGUUGCCAUGGAAUCUGAUCAAAACAUUUUACUCUGUGCCCCAACAGGAGCAGGCAAAACCAAUGUGGCACUGCUGACUAUUUUAAAGGAAAUAGGUCGACAUGUGAAUGCUGACGGCACUAUAAACACUGAAGAUUUCAAAAUAGUGUAUGUUGCUCCCAUGAGAUCUCUCGUCCAGGAGAUGGUGGGAAACUUCUCUGAGCGACUGAAGUCGUACAACAUUAAAGUAUCCGAGUUGACUGGUGACCACCAGCUGACCCGAGAACAGAUUCACCUGACACAGAUCAUCGUUUGCACCCCAGAGAAGUGGGACAUUAUCACACGCAAGGGAGGCGAACGCACAUACACUCAGCUUGUCAGACUUAUGAUAUUCGAUGAAAUCCAUUUGUUGCAUGAUGAUCGAGGUCCAGUUUUAGAAGCUUUGGUUGCGAGAACAAUUCGAAAUAUCGAGACAACACAAGAAGAUGUUCGAUUGGUCGGUCUCAGUGCCACUCUGCCAAACUUUGAAGACGUGGCAACCUUCCUUCGUGUUGACCCAAAGGAAGGCUUGUUUUUCUUUGAUAACAGCUUCCGUCCAGUUCCUUUGGAGCAGCAGUUUAUUGGUAUCACUGAGAAAAAAGCUGUCAAACGAUUUCAGCUCAUGAAUGACAUUGUGUACGAAAAAGUUAUGGAACAUGCUGGAAAAAAUCAGUUACUGGUGUUUGUUCACUCCCGAAAGGAGACCGGGAAGACUGCCCGAGCUAUCCGAGACCUGUGUCUGGAAAAGGAUUCUCUUGGUAUUUUCCUCAAAGAGGGUUCUGCCUCCACAGAGAUCCUUCGAUCAGAAGCUGAACAAGUGAAGAACCAUGAAUUGAGAGAUCUUCUUCCGUAUGGUUUUGCAAUCCAUCAUGCUGGAAUGAACCGAGUUGAUCGAGCCCUGGUAGAGGAUUUGUUUGCUGACCGUCACAUUCAGGUUCUUGUAUCGACGUCCACUCUUGCCUGGGGAGUGAAUCUUCCCGCACACACGGUUAUCAUCAAGGGUACGCAGAUCUACAACCCUGAAAAGGGACGAUGGGUGGAACUCAGUGCUCUCGAUGUCAUGCAGAUGCUGGGUCGAGCUGGCCGCCCUCAGUAUGACACAAAGGGCGAGGGAAUCAUGAUAACCAACCACAGUGAACUCCAGUACUACCUUUCUCUGAUGAACCAGCAGCUGCCCAUUGAGAGUCAGUUCAUCAACAAACUGGCUGACAAUCUGAAUGCUGAGAUUGUGUUGGGAACUGUUCAGAAUAUGAAAGAGGCAAUUGACUGGUUAGGAUACACAUACUUGUACAUCAGGAUGUUGAGAAAUCCCACGUUGUACGGGAUAUCACAUGACCAGCUGAAGGAGGACCCGUUGCUUCAGCAACGGAGGAAAGAUCUCAUUCACACAGCUGCAAUACAGCUAGACCGACACAACUUGUGUAAAUACGACCGCAAAACAGGAAACUUCCAGGUGACUGAGCUUGGUCGUAUUGCCAGUCAUUACUACUGUACUAAUGAGACGAUUGCCACAUACAACCAGCUGUUGAAACCAACACUCAGCGAGAUUGAACUCUUCAGAGUCUUCUCCCUUUCCGGGGAAUUCCGUAAUCUCACUGUGCGAGAGGAAGAGAAACUGGAACUGCUGAAACUUCUUGAGAGAGUUCCUAUUCCAAUCAAAGAAAGCAUUGAGGAACCAAGUGCUAAGGUGAACGUGUUGCUGCAGGCGUACAUCUCUCAGUUGAAGCUGGAGGGCUUCGCUCUGAUGUCCGACAUGGUGUACAUCACACAGUCGGCAGGACGGCUCAUCCGCGCCAUCUUCGAGAUCGUGCUGCACCGUGGCUGGGCACAGCUAGCCGACAAGUGCCUCGCUCUCUGCAAGAUGUGCAACAAAAGAAUGUGGCAGUCAAUGUCUCCACUUCGACAGUUCAAGAAAAUUCCCGAAGAAGCCAUCAAGAAGAUUGAGAAGAAGAACUUUUCCUUUGAGCGACUGUAUGACCUAAACCACAAUGAGAUUGGGGAGCUGAUCCGCAUGCCGAAGAUGGGCAAGCUGAUAAGCAAGCACAUCCACCAGUUCCCCAAGCUAGAGCUGUCUGUUCACAUCCAGCCUAUCACACGCUCCACACUCCGCGUCGAGCUCACCAUCACGCCCGACUUCCAGUGGGAAGAGAAAAUACACGGAAAUUCAGAAGCUUUCUGGAUUCUGGUUGAGGAUGUCGACAGUGAAGUCAUUCUACAUCAUGAAUACUUCCUGCUGAAAAGCAAGUUUGUUCAGGAUGAACAUUCAGUGAAGUUCUUUGUACCAGUGUUCGAGCCGCUUCCACCUCAGUACUUCAUCCGAGUCUUGUCAGACAAGUGGAUUGGUGCAGAGACUCAGCUUCCAGUUUCAUUCCGUCACUUGAUCCUCCCUGAAAAAUACCCCCCACCCACCGAGUUGCUCGAUCUUCAGCCGUUGCCCGUGUCUGCCCUGAGAAACUCGACAUUUGAAACGCUCUACGUGGACAAGUUUCCGUUUUUCAAUCCCAUUCAGACACAGGUGUUCAAUGCCAUCUACAACAGUGUUGACAAUGUGUUCGUAGGAGCCCCGACGGGAAGUGGUAAGACAAUCUGUGGCGAGUUUGGAAUUCUCCGAAUGUUCUCCCAACACACUGAGGGACGCUGUGUCUAUGUGGCUCCUCUCGAGGCCUUGGCGCAACAGGUUUAUGCUGACUGGCACAAUAAGUUUGGUGUUCAGCUUGGAAAGAAAGUAGUACUUCUGACAGGGGAGACAAGCACAGAUCUUAAACUUCUUGCAAAGGGCAACAUCAUUAUCAGCACUCCAGAGAAGUGGGAUGUGUUGUCUCGCCGAUGGAAACAGCGAAAAAAUGUGCAGAAUGUCAACCUGUUCAUUGUGGAUGAGCUGCAUCUGAUUGGAGGAGAAAUUGGACCUGUACUGGAGGUGAUCUGCUCUCGAAUGCGUUACAUCUCAUCCCAGCUGGAGAGGAACAUUAGGAUCAUUGCCCUCAGCUCAUCUCUGUCCAACGCCAAGGAUGUAGCUCAGUGGCUUGGUUGUGGAACCACGUCGUUUUUCAACUUCCACCCCAACGUGCGACCAGUGCCACUCGAGUUACACAUUCAGGGUUUCAAUAUCUCUCACAAUACAUCACGUAUCAUCGCCAUGGCGAAGCCAGCAUAUCAGUGUAUUUUGAGACACUCGCCCAAGAAACCUGUCAUCAUGUUUGUGCCGUCCAGGAAACAGACUCGACUCACGGCCAUAGACGUUCUGACGUUCACAGCUGCUGAAAUGUCCACCGGUCCCGACGAUAAACCAACAAGUCGUUUCCUUCAUGUUACUGAGCAGGAUUUGGAACCAUUCCUGGAAAAAAUUACUGACAAAACGUUGAAGGAAACCCUAACAAAUGGUGUUGCUUACAUGCAUGAAGGUCUGAACGAGAUGGAGAGGAAGGUCGUGGAACAGCUGUUCACCAGUGGAGCGAUACAGGUCAUCGUGGCCUCGCGGAAUCUCACCUGGGGCAUGAACAUGGCUGCACACUUGGUCAUUGUCAUGGAUACACAGUACUAUGAUGGCAAAACUCACUCCUAUGAAGACUAUCCUGUGACUGACGUCCUUCAGAUGAUAGGCCGAGCUAACCGAACACUGAUAGACAAGGAAGGUAAGGCUGUAAUCUUGUGUCAGAGUUCUAAGAAGGAAUUCUUCAAGAAGUUCUUGUAUGAGCCCCUGCCCGUCGAGAGUCAUCUGGACCAUUGUCUCCACGACCACUUCAACGCCGAGAUCGUUACCAAGACCAUGGAGAACAAGCAGGACGCGGUCGACUAUCUCACGUGGACGUUCAUCUAUCGCCGCAUGACACAGAACCCAAAUUACUACAAUCUGCAAGGUGUGUCUCAUCGUCACUUGUCCGAUCAUCUGUCUGAAAUUGUGGAGAACACAAUCAAUGAUCUGGAGCAGUCAAAGUGCAUCAGUGUGGAGGAAGAUAUGGAUGUGGCUCCACUCAACCUCGGUAUGAUCGCUGCCUACUACUACAUCAACUACACAACUAUUGAAUUGUUCAGCAUGUCUCUCAACAACAAGACGAAGAUAAAAGGUCUGAUAGAGAUUAUCUCGAGUGCGGCAGAGUAUGAAAACAUUCCAAUCCGACAUGGGGAAGAUUCCAUCCUCAGACAGCUGUCGGCUCGUCUGCCCAACAAGUUGUUGAACCCGAAGUUUAACGACCCUCACCUGAAGACGAAUCUCCUGCUGCAGGCCCAUCUGUCGCGCAUGCAGCUCUCUGCCGAACUGCAGUCAGACACAGAAGACAUUCUUAACAAGGCUGUGCGUCUAAUCCAGGCAUGUGUGGAUGUGUUGAGUAGUAACGGCUGGCUGAGUCCGGCGCUGGCUGCGAUGGAGCUGGCACAGAUGACCACACAGGCCAUGUGGAGCAAGGAUUCUUACCUCAAACAGCUGCCGCACUUCACGCCCGAGAUCGUGAAAAAACUCCAGGAAAAGGGUCAUGAGACGAUCUUUGACGUCAUGGAAAUGGAGGAUGAGGAGAGGAACGCGAUCCUCCAGCUGUCUGAAUCUGAAAUGGCUGACGUUGCUCGGUUCUGUAACCGAUAUCCCAACAUCGAGCUCACCUACGAGGUGCAGGAAAAGGAGAACAUUCACAGUGGUUCGACUGUCAAUGUUGUUAUAACACUGGAGAGAGAAGACGAGGUUUCAGGACCAGUUAUUGCACCAUUUUUCCCACAGAAACGUGAAGAGGGCUGGUGGGUGGUGAUUGGCGAUCCCAAGAACAACUCCCUCCUGUCUAUCAAGAGACUCACCUUGCAGCAGAAGGCCAAGGUGAAACUGGACUUCGUCGCACCGGCCAUGGGUCACUACGGUUACACAAUAUUCUUCAUGAGUGACGCAUACAUGGGCUGUGACCAGGAAUACAAGUUUACGAUCGAUGUCACAGAGGGAGGGACCGGUAGUGAAGAUAGCGAUAGUAACUGAGAUGGAUUUAAUGAUGAUCACAUUUCUGUCUUUGUGAUAAACACAUGCGAUGUAAAACAAAUCCAGCAGUUACUUAUAAAAACAGAUAUUUGGUGCAUUUUCAACACACUUUAACAUCUGACAUAUUUUUUUUAUCACAAAUGGAUGUUUAUUGAAUUUCUGAAGAACUUUAACAUCUAGCAGUUUCUAUUGGAAAGAGAUGCUUAGUGCAUUCUGAAUGAGUUGAUUUAAAACAUCAUUGUUUCCCUUUGUGUGUAAAGUUACAACUACUGUUGUUCAUAGCAUACAUUAUUGUAAAUAAAGUAAAACAAUUUAACAUGUAUCAUGAUUUUACUGGAUGUGUUUGUGAUUAGAACAAAUUGACAACAUCAGUGUAUCUCAGAUGAAACUAUUUGCUCUUUUUCUGUUUACUUCUCAGAUGUAUGUGCAUUUUUAGAAGGUUAGAAAAUGCAUUUUGUUGUUUUACAAACAACCGUAUGAUCAGAAACACUUUUGAUGUACGGAAAUGUAUAAUCUAUACAAUAAAAUGCAAGUAAUGUAUAAAUUCAGUUAUCAACAAAAUGACUCUAUAGCAGGCGCGUGUGCAGGUGGGGUGUUUUGGGGGGGUCGAAACACCCCCACCUCCCACCCCUGCUCAAGGCGAUUUUUAAAAUUCCUGUGAAAGCAACUCGGCUAGCCAGCAGAAAACACCUCAGAAUAGCCCUAGAAGGGGUCAAUUUUUCAAAAUUUUAGGUGGGAGGGCCCCCCAGCCCCCCCCCCCACCCCACCACGGGCUUCGCCAGACACCUGGAUCCCCCCACUGCAAAAUUUCCUGCGCACGCCCCUGUAUAGUGAACAAUAUGUGAGUGCUGGGGUCUUGUGAAGCGUUCAUUCAUUCAUUCAUAAAAUGGUGUAAUAUAAGAUUUUAUUUCAACCAAAAAUCUUGGAUUCUUGGAAACAUGCAAUCCUUCUAAAUUUGCAUCCUGCAUAGACAGAUCAUAAUGUAAAUUGCUUCAUGUUGCAUACACAGAUUAUUGUGUAAAUUGUUUCAUGGUAUAUCAUACUGUUACGAAUUCUUGAAAAAAUUAGUUGGGAUGAUGAUAAAAAAAAUGUAAUGGUUUUAUAAAAAUCUGUUUUUCUCAGAUAUUUCUUACAUAUGUGAUGGUUUCACAUACAUCCCUUUAUUCUGGAUACUGUUUGAUUACAAAAGUGAUGUUAUCUUCUAAUACAAUUGACUGUACAAACAAGUAUUUCUUAAUAAUAAAACAAAUCUAAAUCCU